GCUAUCUUGCCCUGGGGUGGAAACGCCUUUUCUGAUUCAAACGGCGGCGGGACCGCUGCUGUAGAAACAGCGUUGGUGGAUAUGCCGGGAGCUUCUCUGAGUGCCGUAUUUCACAGACUAUAAAUAUUAUGGAGACUGAAAAAUCCAAGAUCCCUGUUUACACUUCCCAACAGUCCAAAACAACUGGUGUUCUAAAAGAUGUGCAGCUCUGUGAUUAUUCAAAGCAGCAAAACCAGAACAAAGGGAUAGACCCAGAGCCCCUGAAAGAGCCUGUUUUUACUUUUGGUGCAAACAAUCCCACCACAAGUGUUGCCUUCAAAGACCCGAAUCAAAGACUCAUGAAGACAGGGAAAAAAGCACUGCCACCCCCUCCCAAGAAGGGAGUGCCCACAGUGACACGAUCCCCUAUGAACAGAUACAGACGGGAGGUAGAACUCAGAAAUAAAAACAAGUUGCUGGAGACUGUUAAGUAUGAACUGAGUUUAAAGGUGGAGGAAAUGCAGAAGGAUAUGAAAGAUAUGAAGGAGCUUUGUGAUAGACUUGAAAAAGAAAAUGAUAAGCUGAAAAAAUUCCAGGAAAGCUGCCUGUUGAUAUUAGAAGCCAGGAAUUGUGACCCAGUUACAGGUGAACAAAUCUUGAAGGAGGAAGAAAUGAACAAGAAAAUACAGACUGAGAUAACGGUUUUGUCAGAGAAACUUAACGCUGAUCUUGAAUUGUUCAUCCAAAUGGCUAAAGAGGAAAAAGAAAAUCUUCAGAAUGCUCAGACAAGAUGGAAGCAGAUAGAGGAGGAAAGAACCCACUUCUUAGAGCAGCAGCAGUCUUUUCAUAGAGAAAUGGAAGAUCUGCUUGCUGCCUUAAAUCAGGAAGAUGACUUCUUCAAUUCAUCGUAGACUUGGGUUGAGAUUUAUUUCUGGUGGCUCUACUUUACUGUUGAGCACAAGAAUAUAAACCAUGCUAUGAUUUUGGGGGGUAAUUUUUCAGCAAUAUUUCAUAUUGUCUACUGGAUUUUAGACAAAAAGUAGAUUGGAUUACUCCUUUUAAAUUUCAGGGUUGUUUAAAGGUUCUGUCUAGAACAUUAUUUCUGUAUUUGUCAGAAUAAUGAUGUGGAACUGAAGUUUGUUUUAUCAUCUAAUCAGCUUUAGUUUAAUUUCUACAGUGGUAUGUGUUCAUACAUAUCCUGAAAAAUAUUGCUAAAAUGAAAUGGGAUAGAUCUGUCAGUAGCUAAAGGAACCAAAUGUAGAUUCUAAAUAAAUUGGUGGGUAUAAUCAACAAAGAAGAGAGUCAAGGAGUGAAACAGUGCAAGCUUACCACUGGUCAUUUAAACGAUAGUUCAUAUUCUCCAGAGCAGCUAGAAAUGUAAGAAGGUAUGAAACUUAUGAUUAAGCUGUACGUACAGAGGAAUUUAAACAAUACUGUUUGUGUACAUUUUCUAUGGCUCUGGGAGAAGCUAAUUUAGGUAUAUGAGAUGUAUGCUCUGUUAUCCUACACCGCUUCAAUUUUCUGUCCCAGAAAAGGACCAUACUCCCCAAAUCCUCAUUUACAGGCAGUUGUUCAUUCUCCUUUUUUAUCUGGGUUGAAGUGCUUGUACAUAUGUCAUGUCCAGGCAAUUGCUCUUCAGAUUGAAUUUCAGCUUUCAUCAGCCCUAGUUAAUAUGGGUGAUGGCAAGAGACUGGAAGUUGUUUUCCAAACUACCUGGAACACUCCCUAACUACUAUAUUGUAAAACCUGUAGG